UCCCCUCGUCGCAUCCUCGCUCUCCCCUUUCGAUCGGCAGUCAAAAAGUUCCGGCUGCCAAGCGCCCUCCCCUUUAACGGGCGCGCUGCGCCGGCUCGGGCGGCGGGGCAGCUCCGGGGAGUCGGAGCAUCCCUCCCUCCCCGGCAGCCGCGGCGGCCGCCUCAGCGCUGCUCCAGCCUCCCCGCUUCUCGCGGCCCCGGAGGCGGAGGCGGGGAGGGGGCCGCCGGUGACCGCGACGCCGCGCGGGCUGCGGGGCAGCGGCCGGCUCGUGCUCUGCGCCCGCGGCGGCCCCGGCCGGCGGCCCGGAUGGCGAGCGGGCGGGGGCGCCGGAGACUCGGGGCUGUCCGCCGCAGCCGGCGUUGAGCCGCCCUAGCGGGGGCUCCCCCGAGCGGGAGGGUCCCGGGGACACAGCAGCCCGGCCGGAGGAGGCGGGCGACGUGCGCGGGCCGCGCGGAGCGGCCGGGCCAGCCCCCGAGGCUCCGUGCCCUCCCGAGGCUCCGUGCCCUCCCGAGGCUCCGUGCCCUCCCGAGGCUCCGUGCCCUCCCGAGGCUCCGUGCCCUCCCGCCGCCUGCCUGCCCCCGCGGCCCUGCCAGCAUGAGGAGGCUGCGGCGUCUGGUACACCUGGUCCUCUUCUGCCCGCUGACCAAGGGCUUGCAGAAUCGUCUACCUGGAAUCAAGGUGAAAUACCUCUUCCUGGCAUGGCUGGGCAUCUUUGUAGGCAGCUGGGUGGUAUACAUGCAUUAUUCUUCAUACUCAGAACUCUGCCGAGGACAUGUCUGUCAAAUGAUCAUUUGCGAUCAGUACAAGAAGGGGAUCAUCUCGGGUUCUGCCUGCUCCGACCUGUGCGACAAGCACACCUUGGUGUUCCAGCAGUGCCUGUCCCCAUCUCCCACUAAGCAGGUAUACAGUGGAGUUUGGAAGGGGAAAGCGGUGAUCAUCAAAUGUGGUAUCACAGAGUCCUUGAAGGCUGAGAACAAUCCUGACACAGCCCCCCGAAGAGAGCUGGUUCUGUUUGAUAAGCCAACAAGAGGCACAUCAAUGGAUGAGUUCAGGGAAAUGCUUCUGAAUUUUCUCAAAGGUAACCUUGGAGAUCAGCCUUCUCUCGCUGGCCUGGUUAGCCAGAUCAUCACCAUGGCGGACGUCAACCAGGAUGGGAAAGUGUCUCUUGCGGAAGCCAAGUCCAUCUGGGCGCUGCUGCAGCUCAAUGAGUUUCUCCUCAUGCUCUCGCUGCAUGAGAAGGAGCACACGUCCAAGCUGCUGGGGCACUGUGGGGACCUGUACCUCACAGAGAAGAUCCCCCAUAGCUCCCUGUACGGCACUGAAGUCCCCCCCUUUCUGAGGCCGCUGCUGCCCUCCGCGCUCCACAGGCUCAUCCAGCAGUGGUUCGCACCAGCCUGGCCGCGCAGGGCCAAGAUCGCCAUCGGCCUCCUGGAGUUUGUGGAGGAGGUCUUUCACGGCACCUACGGGGUCUUCUACAUCUGCGAGACCAGCUCUGCCAACGUGGGCUACAACGCCAAGUUUGACUUUAAGAUGGCUGACCUGGGCAAGGUGGCCCCGGAGGCCGCGGUCCGGGCUUUCCUCAAAGGCCGCCACUGUGAGCAGAAUGCCGACUGCACCUAUGGCCAGGACUGCACGGCCCCCUGCGACAGGCUCAUGAAGCAGUGUAAGAGUGAGCUGAUCCAGCCCAACCUAGCUAAGGUGUGUGGGCUGCUGAAGGACUACCUGCUGUCCGGCACCCCGGCAGACCUCCAGGAGGAGCUCCAGAAAGAGCUCCAAAUCUGCAUGACUCUGAGCGGCCUGGCCAGCCAGAUGGAGGUACACCACUCCCUAGUGCUCAGUAACCUCAAGACCUUGCUCUGGAAAAAGAUAUCCAAUACCAAAUAUUCCUAAAGGGACCAAGGCUUGUCCCAGCCACAGCCCACCUCUGCUAUCCUUUGGGGGGAAUCUCAUUACAACAAAGGGUUCUGUAGGACAAACAUUUUCACAUCCCGAGGGAGAGGCCAUGGUAACAGCUCUGGCUACAACCAAUUCUAUGUCACAAGUAGAAUAAGUGCUUUCUCUAAUCUAUCUACACCACAGCUGCUUUCUAUGAGGAAAGGUUUUGGUUAUCCAUGGUGAGGAGAGAACUGAAUUCUUCCCUUCUCUUUUGUCCUGUUGACAUUUCCACAGUUGUGGCAAUGAAACUCGUCCAAAUUCCCCAGACAUAAUUUGAAAUUAAACAGGAGUUGAGGAUCUAAAAACCCCCCAAAGGGAUGGAUGGGAUACAUGGACUUAGUACCAUCCCAUCUUCUCCUUUCCGGUACUGAAUACAAAACAUGUCACUUGCUGGAGUCAGCUUUCUUCUCCAGCUCCAGAAGCUAGAUUUUUUUUUAAAAAACACAAACCAUACAACAAAAACAAUUAGGUCCCUUUCCUGGCCCCACCUCUACAAGAAUUCAUUAUUUACCUGUCUGCUUUCCCCUCCUCUCCUUCACUAGAAAGAGCUCUCCACCAAUAGGAAGUUCCCAUAAGCUAAAAAACCUUUUUAUCCAUGGAAAAAUGUACCUGCAAUCCUUACAAGACUAUUGUCCUAAACCCUUCAGACACCCAGGUCAAUAAUGUGAGAACUUGGCAACCAUAGCUAAAAGGCUGUGUAGCAAGUAGAAAUCAACUGUGCACUCUUUCCUCAUUAAGGAAGGAUCUGUAUUAGUACAGACCGAGGGAAUCAUAAUGCUGUUUUUACAAAAAAAUUUUUUUGUUGAAUACUGAUGUAAAUAAAUAGCUUUUAUGUGACUGCCACUGGUCUA